UUGAAAAACAAUUGAAAAAGGAAUAUUUUAUACAGGAGGAUAAGUACACAUUACAAAAUUAUACAGCAGUGUGGAGUUUUCUUAACUUGGCGACGACCAACUCGCCAACUUCCUAGCAACUUCGUAACCUAAAAAUUCUGGAACCGAAUAACAGUGGCAAAAUCUCAUCCCUUUCUACAACAACAACUUUGUCGAUCGAUUGAGUCGAAUUCGCAAGAUUCCUUCGACUUUCAGAUAUAUAUCAAUCCUGAGGAUACUAGCACGAAGCGAAUAUCUUAAAGAUUCAGUGUCGACUCGAUGAAAUUUUACAAGAUCGUACCGUAAUAAAAUCGUCAGCAAAAUUCUAUAAUAAAUGGAAAUGGAAAUAUAUAAUAAAUGGAUUAAAUGGAGGAACAGUUGGAAGAACGAUCGAUGAUAUAUCAUGUAUAAAUCGCCAACGUCUGUGAAAUUCUAUAAAUUGGAUUUAUAAUUUUCAUGAAUUCGCCCAACAUAGCAAAUGCUCAAUUUUCAUAAGGUGAGCAAUGGACAUAUUCACUAUCCAAAAAUUCUUAUGGGAUAGCAUAUUAACAUCCAUACUUUUUCAAGAUGAUUUAAUACAGAGAUGUAAUGAAUUUAUAUUUAUGGAAAAAAGAAGGCCCAACAAAUAAAUUGUACGAAUUUUUUUAAGUCUUUAUAAAUUUUUCUACUAAACUAACGUAAUAUCACGGUUUUUUCUGAAUUGAAAAUUUAUUUUUAUUUUUUAUAAACUUUAUGUAACUUUACUUUCACUUCAUACUAUGUGUAACAAAAAAGAUCUUACACGAAUUUAACUAAAAAUCCUCGGAAAGCAUGCAUAAUUCUAUAGAAAACAGAUCGAUCAUAUACCUUCUCAACGAAUAAAUCCAUCACCGACUUACUACUCCCAAUUCUCCGAAUUACACACGACAUUUAACGCCAUUUCCUUCUUCCAUCGUUCCCAACUUGUGCAUUUAAAUUAUAUUCCUAUAUUUUAUUCUUCGAUCCUUUCCUCGAUGUUCGAUUGCAUCACUUCCAAUCAGAUUCCAACCAUCUUUUCUAACCCCGAAAAACACUGGAUCGUUUCAUUACUCGAGAAAGUGUGAAAGGUACGCCCCACGCGGCGGAAGCGUUGCGGUCGCGCGGAUGAAAGCGGAAUCGGUCGGAAGCCCCUCGAAGGAACGAUCGAACCGUGGAUAUUUAAGUGUGACCGGUGGCUACGCGAUCAUCAGUCGAGGCUUGAUCUGGAGAUGCUGCGUCUCGCGCCCGUAAUUCUCUUAUUGUUUCAAACAUGCGUUGCUCGGGAAUUGAUUCGAGAUCGUCGAGACGUCCAGGAUGUCACCUCCGUCACCUCGAUGCCCAUCGAGUCGAAGACUGACCUCGUGCCAGCUGCCUCCGGACACCAAGGUCAUCGUCACGAGUCCGGAGGGGGGCAGAGCCAUCAUUCUGAUCACCACGAGGAGCACGGCGAGGAGGGUGAGAAAGGGUACAAGAGCCAUCACCAUCACGACAAGAUCGACAAGGGUGAGCACGACAAACAUCAUCAUUCCGGCCAUCACGAGGAGCACGGUGGCCAGAAGAAGGGGCACCACGAUGAGCACGAGAAGUACGGGGAACACCACGAAGGCGAGAAGGGGCACAAGGCUGGCAAGUUUGGGGAGAAGAAGGGGCACAAGAAAGGUCACAAGACGAAAGGGUACCACAACAAGUUCCACAAGGACGAGUAUCACAAGGAGCACAAGUUUUACGACGAUUAUCAUAAAGGGGGUCAUCAUAAGAAGCACGGCGACUUCCACGGGCAUCACGAGAAGAAGGAAGGGCAGCAUAAGAAAGGUGGUCAUCGUCAUUCCGGGUAUCACGAGGAUCAUCGUGGUAAAAAGGGUCAUCGCGACAAGGGGCACAUCGAUGAGGAGCACAAAGGUCAUCAUGGGAAACACGGGCACGAUGAGCAUUACAGCCAUCAUGAUUCUUACGGGAAGAAGGGUGAUCAUCAUUCCGGGAAGAAAUACGGAUACAAUAAAGGGCACAAAGGUUGAAGAAGAGUCGAUUAAGAAGGAUUCUGGAUUCUUUCAGAAUUGUCGUCUUGUUUUCAGUUCAAGAAUAGACGUGUUGUAACUCUAUUCUUGUGAAUCGACGAUUUAAAAAGCGAAUAUUGUUACCACUUUUUUAAUAAUAGAGGAAUAACAAAUUAAUAUUUUUAUACGAAGAAGAAAGUGAAUUUUAGAUAAAACGAAUUUUAUAUUAUAUUGCAAUAUAAUGGUUAUUAUAUUGUAAUAUUGUAAAAUUUGAUAUUAAGUUAACUGUCUUCAAUGAUGAUUAUUAUUACUUUAUACGUAGCUUAUAUCUCCGUAAUACAAUGUGGAAUUACACGCUUAACGGAACGUUAUUUACGCCAUUCGUUAUUCAUGCUACACUCGUUUAAUACCUUAAAUAUUUCACAGCCGUCAGUCUUAAGUUUUUCCAAAGUGACGGCGAAAUAAUGUAUUACGAUACGAUAUAUAUGUAUAUAUAUAUAUAUCAUGACCAGUAUUGUGUAAAUACAUUAUGUAAAUACGCGCACGGAUAUAGUGGCUGCACGCGCGAGAAAAAACAUCGAUAUGACGUGCCUCAUUGCUCUCUUUUUCACUUUAUCCGCGGCGUGCUGCGAAUAAGUUUCUCCGUUGCACAUAUUUGUCUCAUAAUAUAGCCAUUAAUCAAAUCGAGAGGAUGUUGUGCUCCUUUCUUUCGAUAAAAAUUUCAUCUUCCAUCGUACGAUUUAAUCGAAUCGUAUACGAUGUAAUUUUACAAAAAUAUUCCAAUGAUCAAAUUAUUAUUAUGACUAUUACAAUAGUAGUCAAUUACAUUUACAUUGAAUAAACACGAUAUAUUUUAAAUAUGAAAUAUAUUUAGUAAUUGAAAUUGCAUUUUACAUCUGCAAUUUUAUUAUCCAUUUUCGAAAUGUUAAACACAUUUAACUUACCAAAGUAUAUCAAAAAGAAGAAAGGAAU